AUGGCCGAGCCCCCCUCUUCGCCUCCCAGCGAGGCCACCAGCUCCGAGGAUGCCCUGUCCUGGUACAAGGCCCAGUACGAGCUGCUCGAGUCGGAGCUGGCCGAGUUUCGCGAGUCGAGCCGCGAGCUCGAGCAAGAGCUGGAAAAGGACAUUGAGCGUGCCGAGAAGCAGGAGCGGGUUCUGCAGGAAAGGGCCGAGACGCUCGGCUUCGAGGUAGAGGAGUGGAAGCGGAAAUACAAAGAGUCCAAGACGGAGGCCAGCGCGGCGCAAAACGCGCUCGAGAAGGAGAUUACGACGCUCCGCGACUCGAACCGCUCCCUGCAGCUCAAGCUGCGCGACAUCGAGGUGGCCAACGACGACUUUGAGCGCCAGGCGCGCAACACGACCUCGUCGCUCGAGGACAUGGAGAGCAAGUACAACCAGGCCAUCGAGCGCGCCGUCAUGAUGGAGGAGGAGAUCAAGAUGGGCGAGCAGGAGCGCGAGAACCUCCGCAUCGAGUCGCAGCGCCUGCGCGAGGAGCUGGCGGACCUCAAGAUUGAGGCCGAGCUGAUGCAGGACAAGAUCAAGAAGCACGAGUCGCGCCACCUCUCGACCAUCUCGACGGACCUCUCCGUGCUUGGUUCCCCGACGUUCGACAAGAACUCGCCAGGCUCCACGGCCAGCUCGCCGCUCAUCACGACGCCGCCCGACACCAAGUCGCUGUCCACCGACGACACCGUCUCCGAGGUGCACGACCCGCCGUCGCCGCCCAUGUCGGACGCUUCGGCAUCGAUGCGCAAGUCGAUGGCCAGGGCCCCCGGCAUGUACGGCUCGCUGCCGCGCAAGUCGCGCCUACCGUCGCUCGACAGCAACGCGACGCCUAAGCCGCGGACGCAGCCCAGCAUCGGCACGCUCAGCCGCGCUGCCGCCGGCCCGCGCAUGUCGGGCGGCGCGUCUCUGCGCACGCCGGCGAACCGAUCGACUAGGACCCGGCCAACCACGCACAAGCUCCCCGCGUCCAACUCGCUGACGCACAUCCGCUCACUGACGGCGCAGAUGCAGCGGCUCGAGGCGAGAGUGCAGUCCGCACGGUCAAAACUGCCCGCCCCGACCAACACACCUCCCAGGGCGUCGCCUAGGUCCGCGAGCACGGCGUCCAACGUGCCGGCAUCGGUUACGAUCCGAUCCCGGAAGCGCACGAACGGAUCCGCCGCCUCGUCCUUGGCUGGCGACGAUACGACACCGACGGGAUACAACCCGCGCGCGUCGACGACUAAGAGCCACGUUCCGCGACUUAGCACGUCGGGGAUCAACAGGCUCUCUUUUGGACCGCUGCCCAACCGCGGCGGACCCGAGUCGGACAUGAGCCGGCCGAGCUCGCGGGCUAGCAUCUCGUCGUACGCCAGGCCGGCCUCCCGGAACGACAUGAUCGCGCCGCCGCGGCCCGUGUCGAGGACGUCGAUGACGGGUGCGAGGACGCCACUCGGGCGGCCGCGGUCGUCGCUGUCGAUGAGCGGGGCGGUGCAAGGCCACGGCUACUCGGCAAGCAUCGGGCGCGCUGCCAUGGAAGACCACCACGGCGACGAGCGGACGCCCAGCCGCAGGGGCACGUACUCGAAGAUGGAGCUGGAGGCGGGUGUUAGCGGCAUCCCCGUCCCAGGCAGCGCGAUCCCGACGCCAGGUACGAGGAGACAGAGCGGAGGUAGGCGGACCAGCGCCGGAGUCUCGAGCGGACGACCCAGCACAUCCGGAGGGAAGAAGCUGGCCGACCUUGGCGAGACGUACUAA